AUGGAUAUCUUGAUGCUGAAGACCCCCAAAUACACACUGGCAGCCAAGACUCCAGACUCUGGCUGCCUCUUCCAUGUCUCCCCUUGGAUGAUUAGUGGACAUCUUAAAUACACUCAAAAUGGAAUUCUUAGUUUCCAGUCAAACCGGCUCCAAACACAGCCUUCCCUGUUGAAAUUCAUGGCAACUCCAUACUUUCUGUUGCUUGGGUCAGAAAUUUUAAUCAUUCUUGAUUUCUUUUUCUCCCAUAUCCCUUCUCCAUUCAUUCAAAGAAAUCAUGCUGGUUUACCUUCAAAACCUAUUAUCUGA